AUGGGAAACGUGGUAAGACGCGCCCAGGUCCGUGAAGCACAGCAGGCAUACAGAUCUCGCCAACUAUCCCAGCUCUCGUCACUAAAAGCUCGUGUAGAGCAGUUGGAAGAUGUACUUGGUCAUCUGAGCAAGACGGUGCAGGAAUUUGAUAAUCAAGUGAUCCGGAGUGGGUCGCAGUGGUCUCAACCUCAACUCUUCCGGACAGUCCAAUCACUGCGUGAUGAUAUAGUGUCCCAUUUCAAGCGGGCCGAUAUUCACUAUGAAGAUUCCGCAGGAAACAAAACUUCAGAUCCACCUCAGACUGUCAAUGCAGAAUCCCACGCGCAGGCCGCGUCCGAGGUCUCAAUGGGUAGAUUAAAAGAUCAAACUGAGGAUUCUGACUUCUGGAAACUCUUUUUGGGCUCCUCCGGUGGUAUCAUUCCAUCGAGUGAUACCGAGAAUUUGGAUCACCGAUCGAAUGACUUGAACGUGGUUCCCAUUCCUGCGCCACUAUCUAUUGCUGAAACCCACACCAUCCAAUAUACAACCACACCUUUCACUCAACGGCUUUUCCGCGCUUGCGCUGAAAGUGGUUAUCGAUUCCUGUCAAACAUCUUAUAUAAAGAUGAAGAUAUGUGGGAGUUUGGACUACUAUUACAAAGAAUGUCACGGGCAGAGAUCCGAGAUUAUUUCGGACGUGUCAUCAACAUGGAACCUUGCAAUCCUAUCAUCGAUGCUCGAUUCCCAUAUAUCAGCGUUGGUGGUGCAGGAACACACUUUCCACAACCUUCCAGUGGUGCUUCUUCAGAUAGCUUCGCCCUCUUCCGAACAACAAACGGCGUGUCCCAUCUUCCUGCCGAUGAAGACUGGUUUGACGUGCACGAUGUCGAGAGAUAUCUGUUAAAUCAAGGGAUUGGUGUAGGCGAGUUUUCUUCGUCUGCCCUGACGAUAUCUUAUCCAUCUAGUCCGGGCGCUGGGCCUUCGAACUUGGAGAUCCCCGAAGGCGCACCACCUGGCAAUAUGAUGAUGGUCGUCGACGAGUAUAAAUUGAUCAACAGUACGCUUCCCCUGUUAUUCCCUGCUAUUCAUGGCAUCAACUAUGGUGAUAAAAACUAA